UUAUAAGUAUUAAGUACAAUUUAAAAUAAUUUCAAGAAAUUAUCGGUACAGUGCACAGGAGCCCUGACCAACGCGCGGCUACUGCUAUCGGCAACUUUCCACAUGUGUAGUUCCGUCUGGUACGUUUGAUCGUGAAAAGAUAACUGAGAAAAUGCCGACAGUGGCACUUGAGCGGGACCUACUUUAUGAGAGGUUGGGGCAAAGCUACACUGAAGAAGAAUUUGAUGAGCUAUGUUUUGAGUUUGGUCUUGAGCUGGAUGAAGUGACAUCAGAGAAUGCACUGAUAGCUAAAGAACAGGGAGCUGACAAAGCUGGCACUGGAUCAGACAAAGUGAUCUAUAAAAUUGAAAUUCCUGCAAAUAGAUAUGACUUGCUCUGUGUUGAAGGACUCGUCAGGGGUUUACUUGUUUUUAAAGAAAAAAUGGCUUGCCCAGUGUACAAAAAGAUCCCUCCGACAGAGGGCAGCACUAUGCAGGAGCUGACAAUCAGACCUAGUACAGCUGCUAUAAGACCACACUGCGUUGCAGCAGUUCUUAGAAAUAUCACUUUUACUGAGGCCAGUUAUAAAAAUUUCAUAGAUCUUCAAGAUAAAUUACAUCAAAAUAUAUGCAGAAAAAGAUCAUUAGUGGCUAUAGGAACUCAUGACCUGGACACAAUAGAGGGCCCUUUUGUAUAUGAUGCUCUACCUCCUGAAGACAUCAAGUUCAAGCCUCUCAAUCAGACGAAGGAGUAUACUGCAGUAGAACUAAUGGAGCUUUAUUCAACAGACAGCCAUCUAAAGCACUAUCUGCAUAUCAUUAAGGAUAGCCCUGUCUACCCAGUCAUUUUUGACAAAAACAAUGUAGUUUUAUCUAUGCCACCAAUAAUCAAUGGUGAGCAUUCUAAGAUUACACUGUCCACUAAGAAUGUGUUUAUAGAGUGUACGGCCACUGACCUGACCAAGGCCAAGGUUGUCCUAGACACGAUAGUGACCAUGUUCAGUGAAUACUGCCAGGAUCAGUUCACGGUUGAGCCAGCCAAAGUAAUCCAAACAGAUGGAAGUGAAGUUGUGUAUCCUGAUCUGAAUUACAGACAUGAGGUUGUGGAGGUGGCAGAUAUUAACAAGAAAUUGGGAAUAAAAAUCAAGGCAGAUGCCAUGGCCAGUCUGUUGACCAGAAUGUGCCUCAAGUCCAAAGCCAUAGAGAAAGGAGCCCGCCUAAUAGUGGAGAUCCCACCAACCAGAGCAGAUGUCAUACAUGCCUGUGAUAUUGUGGAGGAUGUGGCUAUAGCUUACGGGUAUAACAAUAUUAAGAUGACUAUUCCAAAAACCAACUGUAUUAGUCAACAGUUCCCGUUGAACAAACUGACGGAUUUAUUACGACCAGAAAUUGCGGCUGCAGGGUUCACUGAGGCACUGACCUUUUCAUUGUGCUCAAAGGAUGACAUAUCAGACAGGUUACGGAAGGACAUCUCUACAAUAAGAGCUGCUCACAUUGCCAACCCUAAAACUUUAGACUUUCAGGUUGCCAGAACAAUGUUACUGCCUGGGAUUUUGAGGACGGUGGCCUCCAACAGGAAAAUGCCGCUUCCCCUCAAGUUGUUUGAGAUUUCAGAUGUAGUUUUCAAAGAUGACACUACAGGUAAAAUAAAUUAUAAGCAUCAGGAGGUUGUCAAAAUUUUGCAGUGCAAGUAA